UAACCGCAGUACAUCUUAGCGCCUCUCAAUUCACGUUUGUCAAGAUGGAGUCCUUGAUUGCAGUCAUGCUGUGAACCCUGUGCUUUACUCAGAGCAUUAUGACCCCCAUAAAAAUGACGUCCAUAACUAUACUGUGCAAGUUUCUUAACUAAGCGACAGUCUUGUUACCCACAGCAUAUUGCAUUAUCAGAAACCCUGUUCCAUUUCUAAUCACCAAGGCUAGAGAUAACAGUGAUAGAGAGAGAUAAGACUUUUGGAGUGAGUCAAGAGUGUGCUGCCAGUCUCGGAACGAAGUUGGUUGAGUGAAUGGAGACGCGGAAAAAUUGGAUAAACGGGGAAAACCGACAGUGAAGUGAAUAAGUGACAAAGUUAGCAGAAAGAAGCAGGAUAGGGAGCUAAACAAUGAAGUAGGGAUGAUGAACUGUGACGCAACGCAAGUGGCGUGGAGAUCGCAAACGGGGAUUCCCUUUGGCACACCGAAAGCUCUCAGCCAAGGAAAGGCCGGGCCGAGGCGAUGGGUCAAGGUGAAGCCCGAGGAGGCCUAAGCUACCAACUCUGAUCAUCGAAGACUUGAUCAAUCAAGCAUGAUGGAUGACGGGAAGGUCAAAUGUGUUCGGUUGAUCAGCAUUUUCGUGGUGAGCGGUUUCCUGUGCGCCGCGCUGCUCUUCCGACUCGUCUGGGGAAACACGCUUUUAGACACCUUGAUAAUCUUGCUGUCGGUGCUGCUCCUCUCCUGCCUGGUCGAAUGGUGCUGGAAGCCGAUCCUGUUCCUGAAGUGCUCCUCCGACAACGGUCCAACAGACGACGACGCCGUUCCGAUCGAACCGAGCACGCCCUUGGUUAACGCGGAAGAACCACCUUCGUAUGACCAGGUCAUCCUGCAAGAUCGUCAGUCGAGUGUGCUCUCUCUGGCAGAAUUGCAAGGCUCGAGACAACUUCAAGGCUCUGUGCCGGGACAUGGACCCCCAAGUGAGGAGGGGGAGAGUGAGGGCCAAAGACACAGCUCAGGUCACGGGGCUCCUCCUGCAUAUUCGCCGUACUCUGUAGCGAACGAAAUCCAGCUAUCGGUAGAUGGACUGCCUAGUUAUAAUGACGUUGUUGCUUCGAUGCAGGAGACUACACGUCACAGAUCAGAAUCCAAUUCUAAUGACGGAUACUCAGUGUUCAUAUAGUGUAGUGAUUUUGUUGCCGUUAAAGCUUGAAUUUGUGCGUUUUUAACUAUUUAAAAUAGUAGACAGAAAGAUUAAUCUGCCAAGAAAAGUAAGAACUCGAAUAUACGGCACGAUAAAACUUGAAAUAAUUAUUUACAACAACCUUGCAAAAGGCUUUAAUCCAUGAACUCCCUCGCAAUGGAUGUUGCAGUGCAUUCUUCCGAAAGACUUAUUUGGCAAAUGGAGACCAUCUGGCCGAGUGGAUGCCCCUCCUAACCUCGAACCGCGGUCGGAACACACACACACACACACACACACACACACACACACACACACACACACACACACACACACACACACACACACACACACACACACACAUUGCCGUAUGUAUACCAAUACGUAAUCUACGAUUACAACUCGUAAUAUGAAUAUUACUAUUUUCCGCUCUUUCGAAAAAUGUGGCAGUAUGUUUUUUAUUCAUAUAUCAUCGCCGUGCUAGUAACUGUUUUGGUGCAGAACACAAGGCCAGAGUUGUUUUAGACUUCAAGGUGGGUAUGUCCUUUGUCAUUCAGCAAUGUAAAGGCACAUAUUUUGUUAUUUUCUUUAUACACUGUCAGAACAACGUACAUAAGAAAAGAGAUAGGCACGAAAAGGGAGCCACAACUAGGUUUGUAAACACAAUUGUCUAGGAUUUUUGGACAAAAUGAAGGUUCAGACUUAAGAUAUUGUAUCAAAAGUCUCUUGUGGAUUUCUGAAAAAAUAACGCAUCUUAUAUUCGCAAUACUAAUGAUUCUGGGCAGCAAAAUGUGCUAAAUCAUUUUUUUGCAAUAAGCAGAGAACCAUAGAGUAUCCUAUCCUGUCAACGCUACUCCCAUGGACUCACACGUUAACUAUACCUUGGAUAGAAUGGCAGAAAAACAUUGUAACCCUCUCAGGAAGCAGGUCAUCAUCCCUUGCCCCUAAAAUCAGACAAACUGACAGACAGGACAUGCAAGGAUAGGCCACGACAACACAAUCGAGCAGAAAUAAAGCAAGCUAUGGCGUACCGCCCCUUGUCCAGAUAAGAUCGCUGGUAGGGAUUAUAGCGUCAUACUCUUCUUAAAAUAUGUCGGUUUUCUGCCGACAUAGGGAACACAUGUUCAGCAAAUGGAAAAUAAUAGUUCCCCUUCUAAUAUGCUACAUUUUCUAUAAACAACGGAGGUUUUAUUGUCAUCCAGCCUUUAGUCUACCCCGUACUAGAAAAUAACGGGGUAGACUAAUCUAAAGAUUAGUCUACCCCGUCCACAUGGUUCAUUGGAGCGGAUUAUAAAUAAUGGAUUUAAAAAUUAUAAUAAUAGUAAUUCCAAUAACAGUAACAAUUUU